AUGAUAUUUCAAAAAAUUUAUUAUUUAGAUAUAAGGAAGAGAACAAUGUUUAUGGCAAAGGUAAAUUCAAUUUCUUGUUGCUUUAAAUUUAGAACAUAUCUUUAUAUAAAGCCCCAGAAUUUUUCAAUUCAAUUCACUUCAUCUAAAUUCUAAAUAUUACCUGAACUGGCUGAAAUGAAAUAAUCUGGAAUAUUCUUCUCAAAUGAUGCUUCAAUUAUUAGUAGAUUUAAGUUUUAGAAAAAAAGUUUAAGGAAAGUAAUCAUAAAGAUCUAAAUUAGAAAUUUGUAGCUCUAAAGGAAAUAUAGAAAGUAAUUUUUAUAAUUUAUAAUAGAUUAAAAGAUAGCUUAAGAUUUCUUCAGUAAAAUUAGAUUAUUUUAUGA